AUGCCUGAUCCGACCACCGGCGGCGCGGGGCGGACGCGGCCGACAAGGCGGACGCGAGGCGGAUGCGGCGCACGUCGCCUUGUCUCCGUGCUCCGAGCAAGAUGCAGGCGCCGCCCAAGGACCCAAGUCCAGCCCCACGCCGGGGAGUUCGCCGUCUGCCUCGAGAUGCUCCCAUGGGCGGCCACUGCGUCACCACCCAGAACUCCAGCCGCCGCCUCCUUUGUUCCUCCACUCCGCGCCGCCGCUGCCCGCCCUCCUCCACCUCUCCGCCGCCCGCUCCUGCGGCUGCUGCGCGCGGGCCUCAACUCCCCACUGCGCGCCCCCUGUUCAGACGGCGACGUCUUCUGUGAGGAGCCAGACAACGGCUCCGGGUGCGACUACGAGGACGACGGCCCGGAGCAAAGGAGGGCCUCGCGUUUCUCGUCUCCCUCGUCGUCCUCCAGGCUCGAGGCGGCGGCGCAACAAGAACAGGCCUCCGGAGAGGUAUGUGUUGAAGAAAAUACGUCUUGCAAGAGGAAAUGGAAAUUGCAGAUGGCUCUUAUUGCUCGUUUGCAACAUCCUUACAUCGUCGAGUUCAAGGAGGCGUGGGUUGAGAAGCGCUGA